UGAGAAAGAAUUGCGUAGAUUAGACCAAUAAUAAUAUAAACCGUGUGCUAGACUAUGAGACCGAGAGGUAAUUAGCUCACAUGUGGUAGUGGAGGAAGAGAAGAGAGUUAGUAGCUCCCCCUUCUUAAGCUAGAGGUUUCCAUAGAAUUUAAUGCUCAUUAGUUUGUUUAAAAUUACAUAGAGAUAUGAUUAAUUUAGCAAACAAAUGAAGGAUUAGCUUGACUUGAGAAAGCUGGUUAAUUAAUUUAGAGAAAUCCGCCAUCUCAUGCAAUAACACUAUUAUUUGAACUUAAAUUAAAUUAAUGAAACAGUUGAAUAAUUCAAAAUUAAAUGAAAUCCAAACCCUAGUUCCCUCUCAUUCAUACUUCCUUUAACUUAGAAAAUUCUUUAGUUUAAUUUUCUUUAGUUGACUUAGUUUUCUUUUAAAUGGUUUAGUUUUCCCCAUUAAUUGGUUAAUUCAACUUAGGUUAGAUUAAUAGGGUCUUGGUAGUGUAGGAUAGUCCUCGAGGGAACGAUAUCUUACUCAUCUUAUACUGGAUAAUCGAUUAGGUUCACUUGCCUAAAAGUAGAUAUUAGUGCAUGACCCAUAGUAGUGGUGGUGAUCGUGUUCCAUUUGAUCCAUAAACUGAGAGAACUUUUAGAGAGUUUUUAAGAGAGCAAAAGCAGAACAUCAUGGGAGAAGAAGGUGAAGGACAAAAUAAUGCACACACUCUUGGUUCAUAUGCUACCCCAUUUCUUGAAGGAAUAGCAUCCAGCAUUAGAAGGCUAGCGAUUCAAGCCAAUAACUUUGAAAUCAAACUAGCUAUCAUUCAAAUGAUCCAACAAACUGUCCAAUUCAGUGGUUUGCCUAAUGAAAAUCCUUAUUCGCAUAUUGCUAGUUUUCUUGAAAUUUGCAAUACUUUUAAGGCUAAUGGUGUUAGUAAUGAUUCUGUUAGGCUUACAUUAUUUCCAUUUUCUUUGUGUGAUAAAGCCAAGAGUUGGCUUCAAUCUUUUCCUGCAGGUCAUUUUACCAUAUGGGAUGUUUUGACUUUUUAUAAUGGUAUGACUCCUCAUAAUCGUUCUACAAUUGAUGCGGCUGCAAGGGGUAAUCUUAUAAAUAAGACAGAGGAGGAUGGUUAUAAGCUGUUAGAUGAAAUGGCCUCUAAUAGCUAUCAAUGGACUAAUGAUAGAGCUAUCAAAAAGGGAGUUGGUUUACAUAAUGUUGAUGCUUUUACUUCUUUAUUUGCACAAAUUUAUGUUUUGAAUAAAAAGUUAGAUAAUUUAGGAGCGUCAGCAAUGAGUAUUUCAUCUAAUAGUUGCUGUGAAUUGUGUGGGCAAUUUGGUCAUGCUAGUGUUGAAUGUCAAGUAGGCAAUUCAGUUCAAUCUUCUAAUGAGCAAGCUAAUUUUGUUUCUUCUGGUGGUAGGUCUAAAUUUAAUCCAUACUCCAAUACCUACAAUCCAGGAUGGAGGAGCCAUCCUAAUUUUUCAUGGAGUAAUAAUCAAGUGAGAGUACCACUUGGUUUUCAGCAACAAAAUCAGCAAGAAAAGAAGCCAAAUUUGGAGGAAUUGGUGCACAAAUUUAUUGCUGAUAUGGUUUCUGGAAGAGUUCAAGGGGGUUUGCCAAGCAAUAGUGAAAAGAAUCCAAGGGAGCAAUUGAAGGCUAUCACUUUGAGGAGUGGAAAAGAACUUAAAGAGGUAGGACAAUCUGAUGGGAAAGAAGAAGGUGUGGAAGCUGGUGAAUCAAAGCAAGAGAAGGAGCUUAAAAGACUUUUUCAUGAUCCGAAUAUGCCAAGCUAUGCAAAAUUUUUGAAGGAGAUCCUUGCCAAUAAAAGGAAGUUAGAGGAGUUCGAGAUGGUGAAGUUAAAUGAAGAAUGCUCUGCUAUUCUUCAGAAUAAGUUACCUCCUAAGUUGAAGGAUCCAAUGAGUUUUUCUAUUCCUUGUAUUAUUGGCCAUGUUAAUUUUGAUAAGGCUUUGUGUGAUUUGGGUACUAGUAUUAAUUUGAUGCCUUUUCAUGUAUUUAGGAAACUUGGAUUAGGAGAACCUUCACCUACCACAGUCCCUCUUCAAUUAGCAGAUAGGAGUAUUAAAUAUCCAAGAGGAGUGGUAGAGGAUGUUUUGGUAAAGGUUGAUAAAUUUAUUUUCCCUGUUGAUUUUAUUGUUCUUGACAUGGAAGAGGAUUUUGAAAUGCCUUUAAUUCUUGGGAGACCAUUCCUUGCUACUGGUAGAGCUCUUAUUGAUGUUCAACAAGGGAAACUUAGCCUUAGAAUACAUGAUGAGGAGAUUGUUUUUAAUGUGUUUGAUGCUAUGAAAAAUUGUGAUUAUGAUGGCAAUGCUGUUUUAAGGAUUGAUGUGCUGAUAGUGCAGACAAUUAACAUUUUGGAGGUAGUAGCUAUUCUUGAAGAAAAAUGCCAUAGGCAGCCACAAAAAGGAGGGAAUUUUCUGCCCUUAGAUGCAUCGUCCAUUGUGACAAUCAAGCCAUCUAAAGAAGAGGCCCCUACUCUUGAAUUAAAACCUCUUCCUUCUCAAUUAAAGAAUAGAGGAGGAGAAACUCUUAAGAGUGUUGUGAGAACACAAAAGAGCCAUAGGAUGGAGCAUAGCGGAUAUCAAAGGAGAGAUUUAUUAAGGGCUUCUCAAAAAUUGCUAAGCCUUACUAAUCUCUUGGUUAAGGAAACACCAUUUUUCUUUGAUGAUGAUUGUAUGAAUGCUUUUCAAUUGUUGAAAGAGAACCUAGUUAAUGCUCCUAUUGUUGUUGCACCUUGUUGGGAUUUGCCUUUUGAGAUAAUGUGUGAUGCUAGCAAUGAUGCUUUAGGUGCAGUUUUGGGACAAACAAAAGAUAGGAAAUUUCACACCAUUUAUUAUGCAAGUAGAACAAUGAAUGAUGCUCAAAAAAAUUACACUACUAUUGAAAAAGAGUUGCUUGCUGUGAUGUUUGCUUUUGAAAAGUUUAGACCUUAUCUAAUUUUGUCCAAGGUGAUUGUUCAUAUUGAUCAUUCUGCACUUAAAUAUCUACUUGCUAAAAAAGAUGCCAAACCUAGGUUAGAUGAGGUGCUUAUGGAAUGUGGGGAUGAUCAACUUUUGCUUGAUGAGUUUCUAGAUGAGCAAUUGUGUUUAGUUUCUUUGUGUGCUUUGUCUUCUUUACCUUGGUACGCAGAUUUUGUUAAUUAUCUUGUGAGUAAUGUCUUACCUCCUAACUUAUCUUUUCAACAUAAAAAGUUCUUUUCUGAUAUUAAACAUUAUUUGUGGGAGGAACCAUUUCUUUACAAGAUAUGUGGCAAUGGAAUGAUUCGGAGAUGUGUACCACAAGAAGAGGUAGAUGCAAUUUUGAGUUUUUGUCAUGACAAAGAAGUUGGUGGUCAUUUUGGUGCCUCCAAAACAGCAUCUAAGGUUUUGCAAUGUGGAUUUUAUUGGCCUUCUUUAUUUAAAGAUGCUUACACUUAUGUGAGUGCAUGUGACCAAUGCCAAAGAACUGAUUUCAUGGAUCCUUUUCUUUCAUCUUUUGGCAAAGCAUAUAUUCUUGUUGCGGUAGAUUAUGUGAGUAAAUGGGUAAAGGUUGUUGCAUGUCCUACUAAUGAUGCUAAGUUUGAAAAUUUAUUGGCUAAAUAUGGUGUUACCCAUAAGAUUGCUACUCCGUAUCAUCCUCAAACAAAUGGACAAGUUGAGGUGUCUAAUAGGGAAUUGAAAAGAAUUUUGGAAAAAAUAGUUAACUUGUUUAGAAAAGAUUGGUCACUCAAAUUAGAUGAUGCACUUUGGGCUUAUAAGACAGCUUACAAAACCCCGAUAGGUAUGUCUCCUUAUAGGUUAGUUUUUGGUAAGGCUUGUCACCUUCCUGUGGAACUUGAGCAUAAGGCAUAUUGGGCUAUGAAAUACUUGAAUUUUGAUUUGAAAGAUGCAGGUGAACAUAGAAAAUUGCAGUUGAAUGAAUUGGAAGAACUACGACUUGCUGCCUAUGAAAAUGCCAAGAUCUACAAGGAACGAACCAAGGCAUGGCAUGAUCUACAUGUGCAAAAGAAAGAGUUUCACGUGGGUGACAAGGUUCUUCUUUUCAAUUCUUAAUUGCGACUUUUUCCAGGUAAGUUGAAAUCCCGAUGGAGUUGUCCUUUUGUGGUGACUAAGGUUCUCCCUUAUGGAGUUGUUGAAAUUUCACAUGAUACUAAGGGAACUUUUAAGGUGAAUGGGCAAAGGUUGAAAAUUUAUAUUGAAGGUGGUAAUUUUCCAGCAUUUAUUUCCACCAUUUUAUUGAAAGAUCCUUGACCAUUUUGCAGUGAUAGUCAAGCUAAUAACUGUAAAGAAGCGCU